GUGUUCACAGGAGGCACGCAAUCACCACGCCCGUCAUGACGGUCAGACUGUUUCUGCUGGGUCUGCUGGUCGCCGCCGGCCCGGCAGCCGCCCAGCGCCCCCGGACUCCGCAGCGGCAGGCUAAGCCCGAAUAUGGAAACUACCGGCCACCGCCGCAGCAAUGUAGCGCGGUAGCCGCUCGGGUCGACCUGGUGUCCGGCGUGAGCGACAAGAUCAACGGCGCGCUCUUCUUCUACCAGGAGUGCCCCAGCCACCCGGUCAUGGUCACUGGUCGCAUCUCGGGUUUGACGCCGGGCAAGCACGGGCUGCACGUGCACGAGCUGCCCAACUUGGGCGAGAAGUGCUCGGACGCUGGAGGUCACUACAACCCGUUCCAGAGAAACCAUGGUGCACAAACCAGCGACACCGACCACAGGCACGUCGGUGACCUAGGCAACAUCGUGGCCGACUACAACGGUGUGGCCGAGGUCUACAUCGCCGACCCCAUCAUCAGUCUGUUCCCGGGCGACCGCGACAUCUUCCGACGGUCGAUUGUGGUGCACUCUGGGGAGGAUGACCUCGGCCUCGGCGGCAACCCCGGCAGCCUCAAGACCGGAAACGCAGGCAUGCGACUCGGCUGCGGUGUAAUUGCGCCCAAUAACGUUCUCUGAUUGUGACGUCACAGCUACUGGAUGGCGCGAACGCUGACGUCAUUCGCUGCGCUCGUGCUGGUCACGUCGCCCGGUCCGGCUGUGUGUCAAUGAUGCAAUCACCCUUUGGCACCUAUUUUAAGACGCUUUGUGAAGUGCAGCUGCGACGGCGGAGCCUAAAGUCUUAGCGCAUGCGUAUCAGAAGCUAUAUCUUAACUGCGUUUGCUGCUUGGCUUCGCUGACAUCACCAUUUCAUGUCACUGCACUGUUAUCUUUCGCAUUCGACAAACAUUGAGAAUUUCUUGUGGCGAUUUUAAGCAAUGGUUAGCCCGCUUGUAUUGUGUGUAAAAGUAAAACGGCACGAAGAUGUUGUUGCGGUGCGCUUGCAAUCAAAAAGAGCGGUUAAAGGAUGCUUAAAGUCGCUUGGGUGGCUGAUCCGUGCUCAAUAAACCUUGUGCCCGCCUUUCUCAG